UGGAUUUAUCUUUGGAUCGAAUUGAAAUAAAAUUUCUUAUAAUCUCUCGAUGGCAGGAUAUCUUUGGGGUAUAGGUCAGUUAGUCAAUGAUCCUUCAUCGCAAAUAAUCAACGCAAUACAACAACAUAUACUAAGAAAACAAGAAGAGAAAGUCUGCUCAACUUCAAGUGAUCAAACUAAGCCACAACUAGAAGUCGUAGUAAAUUCAGAUGAGUUAUUCGAUAUUAAAACAAACAAUAACAAUAUAGCAACAGUCACGUGUAACAAAAAACUGUCCGAAUAUCGAUCAGAAUGUACUCAGAUAGGAAACGGAUCUACAAAACAUCGAAAUGUCGCAGUUCAAUGCAAGAAGUCGUUUUGUAACAAAACAAGCAGAACUACAAGUAUUCAACAAGUCAAUUAUAUAGACAAUAGCACCACUACCCCUAGUCCUGGCAUCAAUAGGAAAAAUGCUCAAACAAAUACGUUUAACAAUCGAAUUUGUGAUGAACAUCAAAAAGUAUUUACUCUUUUAAGAGACUGGUCUACUAUUGAAAGAUUAAAUGUAAAAGUUAAACUAACUUUAAUAGAGAGACUUAAAUUAAAUAUUCAAGGUAUAUUAAAAUUAAUACAAUUAAACAAAAUUGAAAAUAUACCAAGGUAUCACCCUUGUCAGAAAAAUGUUUUGAGGUUAUAUAAAAGUAUCAGUUUAAAUGAUAUUAAAUUGGACAAUAACAUAUGCAUGAUAAAGGCCUAG